CCCUCCCCCGCCCGGGGAACCGGAAGUUGCCUCCCUCUCUGCGGCUCGGAAGAGGCUAGCGGAUCCCGGGUGGACUUUGGCCCGGCGCCGCGGUGCUCGGUGGGACGCGGGCGCAGAGCGACCUCGGGGUUAAGGGGUGGGGCCCGCCGUUAGAAGCCAAGAUGGCAGCGGUGGCCAGAGUGUCCUUGAGGCGCCGGUUCCCGGCCGCGGCCCUCGGCGGAGCCUGCCUGCAGGCCUGCCGAGGGGCCCAGACAGCUGCUGCCACCGCUCCCCGAAUCAAGAAAUUUGCCAUCUACCGAUGGGAUCCAGACAAAACCGGAGAUAAACCUCGUAUGCAAACUUAUGAAAUUGAUUUGAAUAAAUGUGGUCCUAUGGUGUUGGAUGCUUUAAUCAAGAUUAAGAAUGAAAUGGAUUCUACCUUGACCUUCCGAAGAUCUUGCAGGGAAGGCAUCUGUGGCUCCUGUGCAAUGAACAUCAAUGGAGGCAACACUCUAGCUUGCACCCGGAGGAUUGACACCAACCUCAACAAAGUCUCAAAAAUCUACCCUCUUCCACAUAUGUAUGUGAUAAAGGAUCUGGUUCCUGAUUUGAGCAACUUCUAUGCUCAGUACAAAUCCAUUGAGCCUUAUUUGAAGAAGAAGGAUGAGUCCCAGGAAGGCAAGCAGCAGUACCUGCAGUCCAUCGAGGAUCGAGAUAAACUGGAUGGGCUGUACGAGUGCAUCCUCUGUGCCUGCUGCAGCACCAGCUGCCCCAGCUACUGGUGGAAUGGAGACAAAUACUUGGGACCUGCGGUGCUCAUGCAGGCCUAUCGCUGGAUGAUCGACUCCAGAGACGAGUUCACGGAGGAGCGCCUGGCCAAGCUGCAGGACCCCUUCUCUCUCUACCGCUGCCACACCAUCAUGAACUGCACCAGGACCUGUCCCAAGGGGCUGAAUCCAGGGAAAGCUAUUGCUGAAAUCAAGAAAAUGAUGGCAACCUACAAGGAAAAGAAAGCUUCCGCUUAACUCUUCUCAUGCUAACCAUGAUCUGUAACCAGCUCAGCUGGACAUAAUUUAUAUCUAAUUUGAGUUUCCAUGAUUACAGCAUGUAAAAUAAAGUUUUAAGAAAAAAAUAAAUGUUAUUCUACUUUAUUAAUGAAAAA